GAUCGUUUCUCGAGCCCCCGCUGAAGCACAGAGUGAGCCCGCCUCGCAGAGCGCUACAUCGGGCUGUGCCGGUGACAGUACCAAACACCUUCAACCUGAGCAGCAGCCGUGGAUCAGCAGCAGAUCAGAGCCGCCGUGGACUGCGCGGCUUUGGAAAAAGAAGCGGACUGUAACUACGGGGAACGGACAGCAGAGUCGAUUUUUUUCUGGCGUGUUGGUGCUCUCUGAAAAAGUUGUAUCUGCUUGGGACGCACAAGAUACCCACUGCUGAAGGAAAUAUCCCCGCACGGGUUGGUUGUAAAUAACAUCUUUAAAGGCCACGGUCCACCUGAAGAGAAUCCCAGAAAGAAGCAAAGUCCUGGGAUGAAAGCACUCUGCCAUUUUCCUCUCUCCCCCAGACCACCAGGAGGAGGACGCUGGGUGACACACUGAGAGUGUGUGGUGCGUCUGACGCCAUCGGGCUACCAUGGCUCUGGUUCAGGCACUACCCCUGACCGUGAGUGACCACCCGAAUCCAGGCCUCGACAUCCAGCAGUGCCGGCCGCUAUCAUCCCAUUCCCCCUCAGGUCCCUGCUCUGGCCCCUGUGGGCACUGCACCUCUGACACAGCCAUGGGGUCAGUGAGUAGUCUCAUAUCAGGCCGGACGUACCAAGAGAGACACUGCAGGGCUGCCAGCGAAUUCAACACCAAGCCACGCCGCUCCACGCCAGCUACCAGCUGCUUCCGGCUCCAGGAUAAUACCCUCCGCAGUGGGAGCUCCCUGGAGCAGCUGCUGGUUAUCAGCAACAGAACAGAGCCUCAGGCGCAGGUUCUGCCUCCACCGCUUCCCACAAAGAAGCAGCCACGGCCUGGAAACUCUGCUGGGACAGGAGGGGGUGGAACGGUUGCUGGAACAGUAGGCGGUGUCGGUGGCAGCACUAAUGGGAACUUUGGGUAUGUGAGCAAGGAGGUGGUGGUUGGAGACUGGAACGACAACCUGGUGCUGACUGCUGCAAGCCCCUGCAGCGACUCAGAGGACCAAAAAGACAACAGGACUCUAAAUGGGAACAUUGGUGGACCUCCUCCCAAACUCAUCCCAGUGUCUGGACAGCUGGAGAAGAACAUGGAGAAAGUGCUGAUCCGUCCUACAGCGUUCAAGCCUGUCGUUCCCAAGAAUCGGCACUCCGUACAGUAUCUUUCGCCACGGCCAGGCGCCAGCACUCUGUCGGAGGCCAGCCUCAACCUUCUGCUGCCCCAUGGAGGAUCCAGCAGUGCCAGCGGUACAAGUGGGAAUGGUGGAAGCAGCAGUUCCAACUCUGAAGGGAAGUGCAACUCCUACACCGGUGGUCGCAAUGCUCGGAGCAGUCAGUCCUGCUCCAUGUCAGAUUCAGGGAGGAACUCGCUCUCCAGCCUCCCUACUCACAGCAGCACAGGUUACAGUUUGGCUCCCAGUGAGGGCUCCAGUGCUGGUUCUGGGUCAGGAGGCCAGCUGGAGCCUGUGUCGGGCAUCAGCCGAAAUACUUCUGGUGGAGGCGGGAGCCACGGUCACAGUAACUCAGACAGUGGACGUUCCUCGUCCAGCAAGAGCACAGGCUCGGGGUCACUUAGUGGGCGCGGGCAGCCCCUGUCAGACAGUGGGUCCUGUGGCCACUCUCCACCCCCCGUGGAGGGUUACGAGGCCGUGGUGCGGGAGCUCGAGGAGAAGCUGAGGGAACGGGACCUGGAGCUCCAGCAGCUCAGAGAAAAUCUGGACGAGAAUGAAGCUGCCAUCUGCCAGGUGUAUGAAGAGAAGCAGCGCCGCUGUGAAAGAGAGAUGGAGGAGCUGAGACAGAGCUGUGCCACGAAGAUGAAACAGGCCUCUCAGAAGGCACAGAGAGCACAGCAGGUGCUUCAAUUACAGGUAUUUCAGCUACAGCAGGAGAAAAAGAAGCUACAGGAGGACUUCUCCUCUCUGCUGCAGGACAGAGAGACACUGGAAAGGAGGUGCGCCACAAUCCAGAGGGAGCAGACCCAACUAGGGCCACGUCUGGAGGAGACAAAGUGGGAGGUAUGUCAAAAGUCAGGAGAGAUCUCUCUCCUGAAGCAGCAGCUUAAGGAGAUCCAGUCGGAGCUCAGCCAGAAGGCAGGAGACAUUGUGGUCUUGAAGGCCCAGCUUAGAGAAGCUCGCUCUGAGCUGCAAGCCAGCCAGGUUCGAUCCCAGGAGGCCCAGACUGCUCUGCGGACGCGGUCACUGGAGCUGGAGGUCUGCGAAAAUGAACUCCAGAGGCGCAAGAGUGAAGCUGAGCUGCUCCGGGAGAAAGUGAGCCGUUUGGAAGAGGAGACAGCCCGGCUACGUGACGCUCUGACCGGUCACAGCGGACCUGCUCUGCCUGGAAAUGCAGCCAUGAAGGGGCAAUGCAUGAGUCUGACGCUGCAACAGGGUAGAGUUGUGGCAGGAAGGGGAGGUCCCAGUCCCUCUGUGUACCGCAACGGAGAGGAGACUCAUCUGGUCUGGGGUGGAGAGAGCGAUGAAGCCAAGGCUCAGAGGCAGAAUGCAGAAACAGUGUUGGGACUCAGGCAACAGGUUGAUAGGCUGAAGGCUGAGCUCAUGUAUGAGAGGAGGACUGGUGAGGAGCAGCUGUCACGUUUCGACGAAGAGAGGCGGGUGUGGCAGGAGGAAAAGGAGAAGGUAAUCCACUACCAGAAACAGCUGCAGCAGAACUACAUCCAGAUGUACCGUCGCAACCGUGAUCUGGAGAGAGUGAUGAGGGAGCUGAGUCUGGAGCUGGAGAACAGGGACAUGGAGGACUAUGAAGUGCGCAGCGGCAGCAAUGACAUCCACUUUGAGGAAAUCACUGCCACAGAGAUAUAAACACACACGCGCUGCGAGCCAUAUGUCCAAAUAAAAACCAUGGCAACACUCUGAAGGUGUAAACCAAACAAUCAACUCUGGGCCAAAUACUGCACUAUCUUCAACGUGGCUUUGCCCGGAUCAUCGAGCAAGCACUCACCACCUGUCACUGUUAAAAGGGAGCUCUCCCAAAAGGUGCAUUCUCACUUCCUGCUAACACAAAUGUACUCCCAGUAAAUCCUUUUAAGGUGUCUCCCACUACGCUUUUAAUGGGUUUUUAUUCCACUACAAAGCCAGCACAAAGACCUGUUUCCAUCUGUGGGAGCGAGAGGAGGGAAAGAAGUGUUUUAUUUCUCAGACCACGUUCAAAUCAGGGUAUUGAAAAUCGAUGGGAACCUUAAAGCAAAAAAACAUUACUACACACAGAGAAAUCUGGUUACAACUUUGUUGGUAGCACAUGACGUGAAACACCCAGACACCAGCGUGCACGUACUCAUGCACCACGAGAGAUGACCAAUCAAUCACCUGGUUAUUAAAGCCGACGUCAUCACCCGCCCGAACCGUGCUCAUCGGCGACGCAAACCCCCGCUGCACCAGUCCUCCAAUCCCAAAUAUUACUGUUAACUGCUGUUUGUGUUUCAUGGUGUUGAUAGGAUCAACAGUUCAUUUUACCAAGUCUAAAAAAAUACCAAUAUUUUGUUCUUCUGCUUGUGCGUAUUUGAUGAGGAAUGUAUUGUCACUUCUGAGAAAUGCAGUAACGAGAGCAUCUGAGAAGCACGCUGUUAUUUUGCACAACUUCCCUGCCCUCUUUUUGUUCAGGACUCAACUGUUUUCAAUUCAAACAAACCAAUACUGACGUGCGCCUCCUUGCUUACAUGUGAACAUCCUAUUCAGCCGUUUCCGAAAACCUACCGGGAACGCCAAACCAAACGCUCAAAGGAAAUGCUUUAUUUGAACUCUGCUCAAGUUUUCAAGACCACCAACUGUUGCACACGUGUCAAUUCUUUAGACAAUGCGCAGAUCUCACAUAAACGUUUUAGUAUAAGUGAUAUUUCCAGGAUGCUGCCGAUUCCCCUCUUUCUCUGUUUUUUUCUUCUCUCUGUUUGCUUCUUACUCAGCUAUUUUUAUAACAGUGAAAGGCACCUCUGUGGUUGGUAUCAGGAAACUAAAAAUAGAGCAUAUUUACAGUAUUACAGAGAUUUAAGCCAGUGUUUGAACUGUUUGCAUUCUUAUUCAGAGUUUCCAUUUAUCUCCCUUCACUCCCAUUAGUUCCCUUUAUGUACCUCUUGGCAAAGCAAAGUCAAAUAACUGUUAUGAAGUCUUCCUACCCUUCCCGUUUUUCCUGCCCACUAGAUUAUACUCUUCACUGACUGCUAUACAGGAAGUGAGGCUGGCAUGUCUGCAUGUCUUUGUUGUAUGAGAUUUCAGAAGAAACUGGUUCACGCAGCAGUCAGGUGAGAGUUUGCAGAUGCAGUAGCUCCAGCACUGAAUGUCCUCAAGGCAGGUCAGUUUUUGAGGGCCUAAAUAUAAACCGGCGAGGAGCAUGUUACAUAUAAAAACUGUGGGUUGCGCUGCUGUUUUCUCACGGUAUUAUGCAGGGCUGUGCAUACGACUGAGCAUGGCGGUAGUGGGCUGCUGAGAGCUUUUAUUUUGCAGAGUCUAUAUCGAGGAUUAAUAGUUAAAUGAAAAUCUAUAUAAUGGAGGAGAUGUUGUAUAUUUUUUAUAUAUAUAUAGCACCCGAAGAUAUUUUGUUGUAGUACUGGUAUAAGUGUGUGGAUUAAUGUAUAUCUCAUACCAAUAUUUCAAAUGACGGAUCAAUUGCAAAUGGAGGUGGCGACAAAGGAAGAGUGCACCUAAUACUGUAAUGCAUGAAAAUUUAAUGUUUACAUUAUAUAAUCUGUGUGGAAAACCUAAUGACCAAACCUUGCAGGUGAUAGAGCAGCGGGGAGCUCUUAUUUUAGGCUACUUUUUGGUCUGAUGUCUCUCCGUUUUGAUUGAUCUUUCACUUGACUGUCUGCAUCGUAAUCUCACGCUCAUUCACGCUGUCGUCUUCAGGUUUUCCCACGUCAUUCGUUUAGAACUGCACAAGUCGUUUUUGAGGGAUUCGUUAUUAAGUUAUGGCCAGAGAGAAGGAAUGCUCAUGGCUAUAUUUGGCUAUAUUUUGCAUGACAUAACCACAUAACUGUGGCUGAGGAGGUAUUGUGGAGCAUUAAAGGUCUGCGCAUAAAUUGUGAUUGCAAAGUAAAGCCAUUGGAAGUAACUUUGAACGGAAAAAGCGUAGUUUAUCCAACCACUUUCACGUUGUUAACCAAGCCUAGACUGUUAUUACUCACCACAGGUUCAUAUUAACAGCAAGCACAGGUGUUCGAAAGCAGACUCCCUCACUCCAAAGCACUGUGUGCAUAUCGAAUUCUCAUUUCCUCCCCCUCAUCGUUGCAUGACAAUUUUUCUGUGUAAAUAUGUAAAACACUAAAUAGUAUAACUGAGUGACAUUGUCUUUUAUUUAGACAAAAUAUCUAUUUCAAAUGUAGCCACUGUGACUAGACCAAAGCAACGUAACACACUUUUUUUUGUGGCGCUUUCCCCCCAUCGUUUUUUUUGUUUUUUUUUUUUUU